AUGAGAAGACGUUUCACUAGUCAAAAGAACACUAACGCAAAAGCAGAGAUUACGGUUGGUUAUAACGUAAAUGAUGAUAAAUCACGAAUUAUUCAAAAUGUUAAAGUUAAUGUUAGCCCUGAAUUAACAAGGUCAGCAACUCAACCAAAUUUAUUAACUCGUGACUUACCGAAGAAUGAGGAGAAUGAAGAAAACCAUGAGAAUGGAGACCCAAUCAUUUUAUCUGAACCCAGUAAAGAACCUGUUGAAAUUCCCACUUAUCCAACAUACCCCCCACCUCUUUCAUCAAACAUCGAGAACCCAUAUAAAAUAGAUAUUAAUUCUGAAUUAAUGAAAAUUUACCGUGAUAUAAUAAUUAAUAAUUAUGAUUCAAUAAUAAAUUUAAUUGACCAAUCCGGUUUAAUUAUUUUACCUUAUGAAUCAUUAAUUCACAUUAUCGCCAUUCUUUUGAUGUUCAAGAUUCAGACGUUAAGAUUCAAUUUUUCAUAG